UGCAACAUCAAUCGGAUACGUCUAGUUCACGCCCCACAGAUGUACGGUAUGUAUAUGCUGCGAGGAGAAGAAAUGAAAUUGGUCGCUGGCCGGAGUGUCCAAGAAAAGUUGCUGUUCCACGUGACCACCGAAUCCAGAGCCAUUGAGUCGUUGGACAGCGGACUAGACUGGAGACGCACCCACCGUAACAAGUUCGGGCGCGGAGUGUCCUUCAGUGACGACGCUGACUACGCCAACUAUUACGCCGACAACUCUCCAAGUGAAGAAACACGAGUGAUUAUUGUAUGCACCGUGCUGGUUAGUAAAACGUACGUGGUCCCGAGACACGUCGAUGGGAACUCGUUGACUGUACCCCUCGGCCUCGCGGACACAACGGUGAGCGAUAACAGCCGCGUGUACGUUAAGUACAACGAUAAUGAAUUUUAUCCACUGUACUUUGUGUACUACCGGAAAAGACCGGAACACAUGACCAAUAGCAAAUACUUCCGCUCCAACACCCGCAGGGCUAUGGGUCACUAUGAUCGAAGGACAAUCGAAGAAAGGUACAACGACCACCUGGACGCCACGGGCUACUACGACGACGACGACACAUUCGAACAAAUGUGCAGCGACUUCAAAGAUGCCAUGGACAGCUACUACGAAGAACACGAUGAUUGAAGUAGGUACACAGCACAGUAGUAACGAACCCUUCGAUAGCGACUACCUCCGUAUGCUGACUACUUCGACCACUGAUUGUUAUCAAUAAACAAAUAAAUAAUUAUUUUCAUUUUUACCCAAACGGACACGAAUAGCGUUGUCCGUAUAAAUAUUUUGAUUUAACAUAUAGGUACCUACUAUACUACUUAUACUUAUAUACAUUGAUUUUUUUCUACGUUUUUCGCCACUUAUUCUUUUCGUCAUAAUGUUACUAUAACUACUUACUUCACCCAUUUUUGGACGAACGAUUCUUGACACAAUAAUUAUAUUGCAGGUGUUCUUUUUUUAUUUGUGAUUGACAUUUUAACGUUUGACUGUAGUGAUUGUACACGAGUGUUUUUACUUAUUAUACAUUUAUACAAAAAUUAUACAUCUAUGCAAAAUGAGAAUUUUUUUAUUUUAUUUUUAUGUUUUUGUAUAUUAUAUCGUAUUAAUGAUUGCCACUCUUUGUAACUAAUGGCUAACAAGUAACAAGUACUAACAACUACUGUGUCUUCUUAAUAUAUAUAUAUAUAUAUACAGUCAUACUGAUGUUUA